GCAAAAAGGUUUGUCUGAGGAAGAUAUAGAAAAAAUAAUACCGAAAAUAAAUCAUUCGUCUAUUAAGGCAGCUACUCAAAGUUUAAAACAAAUAGUUGCCGAGAUUAGACAACAAGCCCAACUAAAAAAAAUUCAAACCACAGAAAGCAUUGCUUCACCAGAAAAAGAAAACCCAGGUCCAAUUUUAGUAAUCGGAGUUGUCUCGGGCGUAAGCGUAAUAAGUGCUUUGAGUGAUUUAAUGGAAAAUCCUACCAACAAAGAUGAGAAGAAAAAGGUUUCACCUAUUCAGAAGCCCAAGAAUGAAUUGCA